UGCAACAAGACCAUGCCUUGGUAGACGAUUUCUUUAGGGUGUUUACAAUCGAGUUGACUAUCAGUGGAUUCUCACGAUUUCCAUUCAACGACUUUUACUGCAGUUAAAUCAAUAAAUUUCUGGACUCUGUUCAAAAUAGUUAGCCCCGUAACUAAUCAUUUUCGUACUUGGAGUGAAAGAGAAAGUUAUCCUCCUUCGUAAUGACUCCCACAGAAAGUAACAAUCCAAAUAUUUUAAGUGACGAUAGUUAGAAUAUUACUCAGAAGUAUUAUUUAAAGCCUCUUAGGUAGUCAAGAAGAUGAUGACGGAUGGCAUUUGUUUCAGUCGAAAUAAGCUUCACUGGAGAGGCGAGUGAGUUUUAACGCUGGCUAAAUACUUAUCAAACUUUGCGAGAACUUUUUGUCUUCCCGAGUGAACAGAAAAGACUACUUUAACAGGAAAACAAUGUCUUCACCUUCUCCUCAGAUAGUACCUACCAUUCUGCGGCCUCCAUCCUAUCAUCCUGUAGAAUGGCCACCUGGUGGAAAGCCUCAAUAUGUUGUUAUCAAUCCUAUGCACAUUAUAACCCUUCAGGACAGAACAAAAACGUUUGCUGUGCGAGUCGUCGAGAAAAUUAAAGCUUUUUCUGAAAGAUGGUUUUCACAUGUGCUAUUGAUGAUGUUUCUUCUUAUUUAUGCGUCUCUGGGCGCUUUGCUGUUUCAAUGGAUUGAAGCACCACUUGAAGUUCGAGAAAAACAAAGUAUCAAUCGCACUCGAGAACUAAUAAUUAAAAAUUUGUAUGAUGCUAGACUUCUAGCAGGCUCCGACUGGUUGCAUCUUGCCCACAGAAGACUAAAAGAAUAUGAAGAUCAGUUACAUCAACAUUGGAUGAGCAAAGCACCUCUUGAUUCCGAAAAAAUUGUUUGGACUUUCUGGGGCUCUCUUUUCUACGCUGGUACAAUUUUUACUACUAUAGGUUAUGGAAACAUAGUACCUGCAACGGUUGCUGGACAGGCAGUCACAAUCGUCUACGCUUUUAUUGGAAUUCCAUUUCUCCUUAUGGUGCUAGCUGAUCUUGGCAAACUUUUUACUAGGUGGAUUAAAGCUGUAUUUUUCUACGUAAAACUCUUUUAUCAUACUGGAAAGUUUCGAAAAGCUAGGAAAAUCGGAAGAAGAGCUACAGCUAUGCCAGUGCAGUACAUGAGCGUGGCUUGGAAUAAAAUGCCUUACAUAGUGUAUCAAGGUCGAGCAAAGAAGUCUCCAGAAAAAGUAUCCGGCGAAACAGAUGUCGAAAAAAUAGGUAGCAAAGAUGCUGACGAUACUAAACGGAAGCAUGAUGCAGAUUCAAAAGAAAAAGAAAAGAACAAAAAAGGAUCUGAAAAAGUGGAAACUGCGAAGGAAGAACCGGAAGAAUCUGAAGAGCAAACUGAAGCUCAAAUUAUACAAGAGGAAGAAGAAACAGAUGAGUUUAAUUUGCCUGUAUCCCUGGCUGUAAUUUUACUGAUAACUUACAUGAUGCUUGGAGCCUUUAUAUUUACCCUGUGGGAAGAUUGGACGUUUUUCGAAUCAUUUUAUUUUGUGUUUGUUUCUAUGAGCACUAUUGGAUUCGGCGACUAUGUACCAGACCAUCCUAUGUAUAUGAUGGCAACGUUUAUUUACCUGUUAUUCGGACUUGCUUUAACUUCUAUGUGCAUAAAUGUUGUUCAAGAGAAGCUCUCUGCCAUAUUUCAAAUGGCAAAAAUGCGAAUUGGUACAACAGUAGGACUCGAUGCGAAUAUUUUAAUGGAAGAUGAUGUAAUGUCCGAUAAGUCUGACACCCCAGAUAGUAAAAGAAGAGGCAGUAGCUUGAAAUCACGUAGGGGAUCUAAAGCUCCACCAGCAAUGAGUCAAGAUAAAGAUGAAGAUGAAUACAAACCAUCUGACUCUCCGCACUCAAAAGAAAAUGGCGUAAAAGACGAACCAAUAAUGAGCACAGAUAUUUAAAUGCACUAAAUAUGAAAUUCAGAUUUAUUCCUACAUGCUUAUCUAAGUUCGCUAUACAAAGUGCUUUAUUUUAUGUUUUCUGACUGUGAUAUUUCUUGUGAUCAAAAAUAGUAGCAAAAUGUUCGCACUGCAUACCUGUAAAAAUCCUUCACUUAUGUUAAUUUCAUGCCAAAACAUUUCAUUUUUUCUGAACUGGAUUUAUUAAUCAUGGAGUGUUUUGUUUGUGUUGAGUACAUAGUAUUAAAGCUUUUAUCAUCCCUAAUUUUAAUUUAACAGAUAUAUUGUUUUGUUUAAAUUUCGUAUGAGCACGAGUUAGAAUAUCAUUAAGCCACUUGAAGAUCUGUGAUAGGCUCUGAAAAAGCGAAAUCAUUUUUAUAAUAAUGUUUCGGAACAUUUUUCCAUUAUUUUGUUUGUUUUGUACGUGCUUUCAUUUCCUUCAACAAAUCUUACUUUAUGUAAGGCAAGUUCAUGAAUUUCCUUUAUUGGGUUUUUAUUUUCUAAAUUCAUUUGUAAACUGUUUCGAAUAAGAAAAUUUACAUUUUUCAUUUACUUUUCAGAAAAAGUCUUGUAAUACACAUGUAUAUUUCUAUCAUUGUAAAAAAGAUCCUUAUGUAUUGAAUAUUGAAUUUUUCAAAUGUGUCAUGUCUUUAUCUUUAAUGGAAAUCAUUGAAAAGUAAGUAUACAUACAAGUAAUAUUACUAGCAUAAACAAGGGUUGACGCGUGAAUGUGAAAGUUUGAAAA